CAUGCUCAGAAGCGCUUAGAGCGCUCCGGAGUGUAGAUCAGAAAAGGGGAAGGGAACUGUCGGUAGCCAUUUUACUUAGGACCAAAACACAAAAAACUCGACUAUAAAGGUAACCGACAGCAGAGGUUCCUGGGAUAUCACCUUCGGAGACUUUCCGGUCACCGUUGGCGGCCGGACCAGAGUCGUGGUGACAAUUUAAAGGCUGCUCCUGCUCACAAAGCGGCGUGCCGAGGAAGGACGCGUCUCUUUGAAUAGACAGGAUGCACGGACCGCCCUCCGGCGACAGCGCAUGCCCAUUGCGCACGAUCAAGAGAGUUCAAUUCGGCAUCAUCAGCCCAGAUGAGCUUAAACGGAUGUCCGUUACAGAAGGGGGAAUCAAAUACCCCGAAACCACAGAAGGAGGACGUCCUAAACUUGGUGGCCUUAUGGACCCAAGACAAGGGGUCAUAGAACGAACCGGAAGAUGCCAGACAUGUGCAGGCAACAUGACAGAAUGCCCUGGCCACUUUGGGCACAUAGAACUGGCAAAGCCAGUUUUCCAUGUUGGCUUCGUAACAAAGAUAAUGAAGGUUCUUCGAUGUGUCUGCUUCUUUUGCUCUAAGCUAUUAGUGGAUUCAAACAAUCCAAAGAUCAAAGACAUCCUGAUAAAAUCUAAAGGGCAGCCCAGGAAACGUUUGACACAUGUGUACGAGCUGUGCAAAGGAAAAAAUAUCUGUGAAGGGGGCGAGGAGAUGGACAACAAAUUUGGAAUGGAACAGCAGGAGACUGAGGAGGACCUUACCAAGGAGAAGGGCCAUGGUGGCUGUGGACGCUACCAGCCACGUAUCAGACGCUCUGGCUUGGAGCUGUAUGCCGAGUGGAAGCACGUUAAUGAGGAUUCACAGGAGAAGAAAAUCCUGUUGAGCCCUGAGCGUGUGCAUGAGAUCUUCAAGCGCAUCUCAGAUGAAGAGGACGUCAUCUUGGGCAUGGACCCCAAGUUUGCCCGACCAGAAUGGAUGAUUGUAACUGUUUUGCCUGUGCCUCCACUGGCUGUCAGACCUGCUGUAGUAAUGCAAGGCUCUGCUCGCAACCAGGAUGACUUGACCCACAAACUGGCUGACAUAGUCAAAAUCAACAACCAGCUGAGAAGAAACGAGCAGAGUGGUGCUGCAGCUCACGUCAUAGCUGAGGAUGUCAAACUGCUCCAGUUUCAUGUAGCCACCAUGGUGGACAACGAAUUGCCAGGCCUGCCAAGGGCAAUGCAAAAGUCUGGCCGCCCUCUCAAAUCCUUAAAGCAGCGUCUAAAGGGGAAGGAGGGGCGAGUCCGAGGUAACCUUAUGGGCAAGCGUGUGGACUUCUCCGCCCGAACUGUCAUCACCCCAGACCCCAACCUGCAAAUCGACCAAGUGGGCGUACCACGAUCCAUUGCAGCCAAUAUGACCUUCCCAGAAAUUGUCACACCCUUUAAUAUUGACAGAUUACAAGAGCUGGUGCGAAGAGGCAACAGCCAGUACCCAGGAGCCAAAUACAUCAUCCGUGACAAUGGAGACAGAAUUGACCUGCGAUUCCACCCUAAACCAAGUGACCUUCACCUGCAGAUUGGCUACAAGGUGGAAAGACAUAUGUGUGACGGUGACAUCAUCAUCUUCAACAGACAGCCUACACUACAUAAAAUGUCCAUGAUGGGGCACAGGGUGCGAAUUCUGCCGUGGUCCACGUUUCGACUCAACCUUAGUGUCACCACUCCAUACAAUGCUGACUUUGACGGGGAUGAGAUGAACCUCCACCUGCCCCAGUCCCUCGAGACGAGGGCAGAGAUUCAGGAGCUGGCCAUGGUGCCGCGUAUGAUCGUCACACCCCAGUCCAACAGGCCUGUCAUGGGUAUUGUGCAGGACACCCUCACAGCUGUCCGCAAAUUCACCAAACGAGAUGUCUUUUUAGAGAGGGGUGAAGUAAUGAACCUCCUCAUGUUCCUCUCCACUUGGGAUGGAAAAGUGCCUCAGCCAGCCAUCCUGAAGCCCCGUCCUCUGUGGACAGGCAAGCAGAUCUUCAGCCUAAUCAUUCCUGGACACAUUAAUGUGGUCCGCACACACAGCACCCAUCCUGACGAAGAAGACAGUGGCCCUUACAAACACAUCUCACCUGGGGACACCAAGGUCAUAGUGGAGAAUGGUGAGUUGAUCAUGGGCAUCCUGUGUAAGAAAUCUCUGGGAACCUCAGCCGGCUCCCUUGUCCACAUCUCCUACCUGGAGAUGGGCCACGACGUCACCAGACUCUUCUACUCCAACAUUCAGACUGUGGUCAACAACUGGCUGCUAAUCGAGGGUCAUUCCAUUGGUAUUGGUGACUCCAUUGCUGAUGCCAAGACCUACCUUGACAUCCAGAACACCAUCAAGAAAGCCAAACAGGAUGUGAUAGAAGUCAUCGAGAAAGCCCACAACAACGAGCUGGAGCCUACCCCUGGUAACACACUGAGGCAGACCUUUGAGAACCAGGUGAAUCGUAUCCUCAACGAUGCUCGUGACAAAACAGGAUCCUCAGCCCAGAAGUCUCUGUCUGAGUACAACAACUUCAAGUCCAUGGUGGUGGCAGGUUCUAAGGGCUCAAAGAUUAACAUCUCACAGGUUAUUGCUGUGGUGGGGCAGCAGAACGUGGAGGGGAAACGAAUUCCCUUCGGCUUCAAACAUCGCACGCUGCCUCACUUCAUUAAGGAUGACUACGGUCCUGAGAGUAGAGGCUUUGUGGAGAACUCCUACCUGGCUGGCCUGACUCCAACAGAGUUCUUCUUCCAUGCCAUGGGAGGCAGAGAGGGUCUGAUCGACACAGCUGUCAAGACUGCUGAGACUGGUUACAUCCAGCGUCGUCUGAUCAAGUCCAUGGAGUCGGUGAUGGUUAAGUAUGACGGCACGGUGCGUAACUCCAUCAACCAGGUAGUUCAGCUGCGUUACGGUGAGGAUGGCCUGGCAGGAGAGAACGUCGAGUUCCAAAACGUGGCAACGCUCAAACCCUCGCACAAGGCCUUUGAAAAGAAGUUUAAGUUCGAUUGUACCAAUGAGCGAGCGCUUAGGCGGAUGCUGCAGGAAGAUGUAGUAAAAGACGUGCUGACAAAUGCCAAUGUGCAGAGUUCCUUGGAGAAGGAGUUUGACAAGAUGAAGGAGGACAGGGAGGUCCUCCGAGCCAUUUUCCCCACCGGGGACAGUAAGGUGGUGCUGCCAUGCAACCUGGACAGAAUGAUCUGGAACGCUCAGAAGAUCUUCCGCAUCAACACUCGAACCCCAACAGACCUCAAUCCUCUAAGGGUGGUCGAGGGUCUGCAGGAUCUCAGUAAGAAGCUGGUGAUUGUGAAUGGUGAUGACCCGCUGAGCAGACAGGCCCAGCAGAACGCCACUCUGCUCUUUAACAUCCACCUGCGCUCCACACUCUGCUCCAAACGCAUGACCCAGGAAUUCCGCCUUUCCACGGAGGCUUUCGACUGGCUGCUGGGAGAGAUUGAGACCAAAUUCAACCAGUCCAUUGCCCACCCAGGUGAAAUGGUUGGCGCUCUGGCUGCUCAGUCGCUGGGAGAGCCAGCCACCCAGAUGACCCUCAACACCUUCCACUACGCCGGUGUGUCAGCCAAGAACGUAACACUCGGUGUGCCUCGUCUAAAAGAGUUGAUCAACAUCUCCAAGAGGCCCAAAACACCCUCUCUGACGGUUUUCCUGCUGGGUCAGGCAGCGCGUGACGCUGAGAGGGCCAAGGACAUCCUCUGUCGUCUGGAGCACACCACACUGCGAAAGGUGACGGCAAACACAGCCAUCUACUACGACCCCAACCCCCAGAACACGGUGGUGGCCGAGGACCAGGAGUGGGUGAACGUCUACUACGAGAUGCCUGACUUUGACGUGACGCGCAUUUCACCGUGGCUGCUGCGCAUCGAGCUCGACCGCAAGCACAUGACUGAUCGCAAGCUGACUAUGGAGCAGAUUGCAGAGAAGAUCAACGCAGGUUUUGGAGAUGACCUGAACUGUAUUUUCAAUGACGACAAUGCUGAAAAGCUUGUUCUGCGAAUCAGAAUCAUGAACAGCGAUGAGAACAAGUUCCAGGAGGAUGAGGAGGUGGUGGACAAAAUGGAUGAUGAUGUGUUCUUGAGGUGCAUCGAGUCCAACAUGCUGACAGACAUGACCCUACAAGGCAUUGAGCAGAUUAGCAAGGUGUACAUGCACUUGCCUCAGACUGACAAUAAGAAGAAGAUCAUCAUCACAGAGGAUGGUGAGUUCAAGGCCCUGCAGGAGUGGAUCCUUGAGACAGACGGCGUGAGCCUCAUGAGGGUCCUCAGCGAGAAAGACGUAGAUCCUGUCAGGACCACCUCCAACGACAUUGUUGAGAUCUUCACGGUCUUGGGAAUUGAGGCAGUGCGAAAGGCUCUGGAGAGAGAGUUGAACCACGUCAUCUCUUUUGACGGUUCCUAUGUCAACUACCGUCACUUGGCUCUGCUCUGUGACACCAUGACAUGCCGCGGUCACCUGAUGGCCAUCACACGUCACGGCAUCAACCGUCAAGACACAGGACCACUUAUGAAGUGUUCCUUUGAGGAGACGGUGGAUGUGUUGAUGGAGGCGUCAUCCCAUGCCGAGAGUGACCCCAUGAAGGGUGUGUCAGAGAACAUCAUGCUUGGCCAGCUCGCCCCGGCUGGUACAGGAUGCUUUGAUUUGCUGUUAGAUGCUGAGAAGUGUAAAUAUGGCAUGGAGAUCCCCACAAACAUACCUGGCAUCAGCGUGGCUGGACCCACUGGAAUGUUCUUUGGCACAGUGCCGAGUCCCAUGAGUGGUAUGUCACCUGCCAUGACCCCAUGGAACACAGGAGCAACACCGGCCUAUGGUGCCUGGUCCCCCAGUGUCGGUGAGUAUAUGUUCUGGUCACUUUGGCUCUUCCACCUUUUUUUCCCCAAAUACUCCCCCACCUCCCCUACUUACUCGCCAACUUCACCCAAGUACUCACCCACGUCUCCUACGUACUCCCCAACUAGUCCUAAAGGCUCCACGUACAGCCCCACCUCCCCUGGAUACAGCCCCACCUCACCCACCUACAGCCCGGCCAUCAGCCCCGAAGACAGCGACGAGGAGAACAAUUGA